AGUCACUAUGACUAAAUGUCUGGAGCCUCCUCUGCAGGAGGAGACACACACACACACACACACAGCCUCAGAAUCAGAGCAGCCAAAGACAGGAAGAGAAGCACAUUUGAACACGACUCACUUUUGUUUCUCCAGAGAAUAAAAACAGGACUUUUUUUGUUUGUUUCUACUGAGGAGCAGAGCGCUGCUACCUCACAGCCAUGAGUUCUCAGACGAGCUUUGGCAGCAGCAUGCUGUUCCAGUCCAUAAAUGAUGACCUUAAUGCGUCACUGGCUACAGCGGAUGAGUUAUCCAGAGAGUUUAACUCCAUGCUGAAGGAGGCCUCAUCCAACAACAACAACGCCACCCAGUCUGUUUCCCAGUCCAGUGACAUCAGAUCAAGAGAGUCAAGUUCCAGCAGUAAUGGCAGCUCGAGCUCUAUGCCUUCCUCCCAGACGUCAUCAUUUUUCUAUCCUGGGGACUCGGUCAUCUACAGCAACAAAAACAGCUUGUCCUCCCCCGUCUUCACCACCAGUCCAGUCUCACCCCUCAGAGAGGGACGAUCUUCAGUUCCUCAAACUGGAUCUGAGAGUUACUCUUACGGCCAGCAGAGCCCCAAACAGUCACCACUGACCAGAAGACGUGGGUCCCCACAGCGAUCUUCCCCAAGGCAUUUGUCCCCAGGACGGACUUCCCCAAGGCGUGCUUCCCCUAAUCGAUAUGACAGGAGCCCACAAGGUUCAAUCAGUUAUGCUGAUAAAAGCCCUUUGGCGAGCCCCACAGUUGUUCCUCUUGAUUCAUCAUCGUCUCGCGCUACUGCAUUCCACUCCUCCAACCUGCUGAGCCCUUACGACAGCAGCACCAUGGGCCGCAGGUCACCUCGUCCGGACAGAAGCCCCUCCCCACUGUCUUUCAAUCGGCCAGGGUCGCAGACACUCCCACGCAAUUUUGGUUUCCGGCAACCUGAUGAGGGUGUGCAGCGGCAAAAGAUUCCUAGCAAGUGGAACGAGACAGAUCUUGACAUGUCUUAUGAGAGGAAACCUCACCACACCUAUGACAAGACAGAGUGGCUGCGGCCAUCUGUGCCAAACAGCAGCUGGAGAGAAUCCAACCUUGAUGGCCCUCCUCCAGCCCCAAGCCCUAAAAAGGAUCCUCGCUCUCCAUCCCUCCAGUACAGCCAUGGUUCUCUUGCACGUAACACUCGUAUAACAGUACCUCCAGAUGUUUCGUCCCCAGUUCACUCCCCUUACCACCCUCAGCCCAUCAUCUCCCGUAUUUCUAUACCUCCAACAUCUACUGAGACCCGUAAGCGCAAGCCCAUCCCUCUCUCGGUUAUCAUGCGUCUCCAAAAUCCCCAUUGGAGAGUGAUGUCAACAACCCACCCGAGAAUUAUGGGAGGAGAAGGGGACAUGUCGCCGUACCAAACAUCUGGACCCGGCCCAAGGGAAUUCUUCCACCAUCCUGUAUUCCCGCCUCAGCACCCGCCGCCGGAGCUGAGACAGCCAGCAAUAUACAGUGAUGUGCUGAAGCCAGCAGAUAUAGAUGCAGAGUUAGAAAGGCUGGACUUAGUGCAUCACUUACCAGUGAUUUCGGAGAAUCCCAACAUGCCAGCAGUCGAGCAAGUUCCGGCCCCUGCACCCCGACCCCUGAGCCCCACCAGGCUGCAGCCAGUGGUGGCCCAUGAGGCCCAGAUCGAGGUCAUCCCUGACAUGGAGGAGCUGCUACGUAUCCGGGCAGAAAUCCCGCGGGCGCUAAAGAGACGUGGCUCAGUGGACCAGUCACAGCCCCUGAAGAGGGCUUCGCAUUAUCAGCCGAACCAGUACAAAAAUCUCAUCGACAAGCUUUUUCGCAGGAAGGGCCGCCGCCACAAGGGGGAGCAAGGUAGCGAGACCAGCAGCUCCUCAGAUGGAGAGGAAAGUGCUACACCUCCUGCACCAAUCCCCCAGACAUCCACAAUGAUUCCCAUUGAUUUCAGUAGCUACCGUUCCAUUCUGCGUCUGUCCAUUCGAGAGCGCAAAGUCUCUGGGAAACGAGCUCGGCUCAGCCCACUGGUUCUGCUGCUGGACGGAUCUUUGGUUGGAGAGCUGGACACAGUGCAAAGAGCAGUUCAGGAGAUGAGCGACCCAAGCCAACCGAACGACGAAGGCAUCACUGCCCUUCACAACGCAGUCUGCGGCGGGCAUUACAACAUUGUGGACUUCCUUGUUCGCGUCGGAGCCAAUGUCAGCUCACCUGACAGCCACGGCUGGACUCCCCUGCAUUGCGCAGCCUCGUGUAAUGACCGCCCUCUGUGUGAGUUUUUGGUGAGGAACGGCGCUGCAGUCAUGGCCAUGACGGAGAGUGACGGGGCUAUCGCCUCACACAAGUGUGAUCCCUACGCUGUUGGGUUUGAGGAGUGCGAGAGCUACCUGAAGGGUGUGGAGGAGGCUAUGGGAUUGGAGAACAGCGGGGUACUGUAUGCUCUGUGGAGCUACCCGGCUCAGGCACCUGAUGAGCUGAGCUUCAGGGAGGGAGACAUGGUCACAAUCCUGCAGAAACCGGAAGGAUCAGCUUGGUGGUGGGCCUCGCUCUGUGGCAGGGAGGGAUUAGUUCCCAACAACUAUUUUGGGCUUUUCCCAAAGGUCCGACCAAAGUCUCUGUGCUGAGUGUCAUCCCGAUGAUCGAGUCUCAGAAACCGUUUUAAAGCUUCACACUGUUUGAAAGGAUUGCGUCUCGCUGCAGGAAACGACAAAAAUGUUUUUGAUCUGCCAUUCAAGGAGACUUUAAAUGCUGAAGGAGAAGCCUCCGUAUUUAUUUUCAGCUAACGAUGAUGAGGGGUGUAUCUGAUGGCAUCCUGUGUUCUGGCUCUGUUAAAGCAGAGUCCAAAGGUUACUCAAGGACCCAGAUUUCCUGAUGUUCCAGUCAGAAGUGGACAUUUCUGACUCACUGGCUGUUUACUAAUCGCCUACUACUCACCAGUGUGCCGUCAACCGUUUAUUUAGAGAACAGGCAGCUCCAAUGAGCUCAAUCCACCUACUGGUUACUGGAAUUACUGGCUUUAAGAAAGAGAGUGGUGACACAGAGCUGCUGUUCCCUUUACUCCCAAAAUCCUUCAAGUACAUCAGCGCAUGUCCAAAAAAGGGGCCGAUAUUAGCCAUUUAAAAAUGUCUUGAUAUCUAUGUAUCAGCUGAUAUAUACUGUUUGGCAAUGAUUCCCAACGUAUGACAAAGGACAUUCUGAAGUGCAACCAUGAUUUUAAAAUAAGCAGAAAUGCACAUUUUCUGUUUUUUUAACAGCAACAAACGUACUGACAUCUCGGUCUGGGAAAGUCUCUUAUUGGUUAUUUACAGGUCAACUGGGCUCUACAGUACAUAGGGUUGAAUAUAAAACUUUGGGGGGGAAAAAGGUUCGUCAUUAAACUUCAAUUCCUGAGGAGUUAAUCACACCAGCAUCUUUUUUUUGCAUUAAUUGGCAAAACAAUAAUUCAGGAAUCAGCAUCAAAGUCCAUGCCAAAUUAUAUUAUCACUGUAUCAAACGUUAUUCAUCUAUAACCAGCCCUAACAGUACACAUCGCGGUUUUUGCUAAUUUUUAAUAGAUGUUUGUGCUUUUCUCCAUGGCAUCUGAUUUUAGUCAGUCAUAGUGGCUGUUUUUUUUUUCUAACUUGACAGAUGCUUUCCUACCUGUGAUGCUGUUUAGUAUUUUUCAAUCUUCUGGAAUCCAUUUGGCUUGUUUCUGCUUGGAUGCAACACUGUUUGCCCUCUGUUAUGUAUUUUUUAUGCUACCUACAUGGAUAUUUCUCCUUAAGGAGAGUGUGUUUGUUUCCUGUGACAAUUAACUUGCCAUUUUGUGGACAUGUCGUAUUUGAUGAAGCUUUUUUUAUGUCACACUUUUGUCUCAAGAGAUUGUUGAUACUCGAUAAAUAAACGAGUUAUGCGUCGUUGGGUUCAGGGGGACAUGUGUUUGUGGCUUACAAUAAAGACUGUGAAAUGUCCUUUACUGACCAGCAGAUGACACUGUACAAUUACGUACUGAGCGCCAGCGUAGAGUUUAUAUUUUACAAAUACUACCAGCAAAUGUAAACUAAUAUGCAGUAAAAGCACCACUGAUCCAAA